AUGGCGGCCUGCAGGAUCCUUGCUCGCCAGUGUGCAUCGCACAUGCGAUUCAGACCUUUGAGUCACUCGCUACGUCAAUUGCCUAAAUGCAAUCCCCUCCCUCGCAGCUAUGCUACCUCGGUGGCCGCCGCAGAACUUAAAUUCGGCCAGCCGUUGCAUGAAACACAUCCCCACAUCCUGAGUCCAGGCGAGUUGACGCCGGGAAUCACCGCCCUUGAGUAUGCUCAACGCCGCUCGAAACUCGCCAACAAACUGCCGAAAGGCGCGAUUGCGGUGCUGGCCGCCUCGGAGGUGAAAUACCGUGCCUCGGGGAUUUUCAAUGAAUAUCGACAGGACUCGAACUUCUUCUACUUGACCGGAUACAACGAACCGAACGCACUGGCGAUCAUUGGGAACGACGGCUCAGGCGACAAUCACAUCUUCCAUCUAUAUGUUCGGGAGAAAGACGCCAAGGCAGAGCUUUGGGAUGGAGCACGAUCCGGUACUCAAGCUGCCAAGGAUGUAUUCAACGCCGAUGAGUCAGGGAACAUAGAACGUAUCGGAGAUUUCUUGCCUAGCAUUGUCCAGGGUGCCACAGAGGUUUACUCAGACAUACCUACAUUUGAUGGUUCAAGAUCAUCUUUGAACCGCUACUUGUACGGUCCGACAGUCGCAUCGGAGAAGCUGAGAAAAGUUGUCGACAACCGUAGAGUCAAGCCUUUGAAGCACCUGCUCAAUGAGAUGAGGGUCACCAAGAGCGAAAAUGAGGUUGUGCAGAUGCGUCGUCUGGGACAAGCAUCCGGUCGAGCUUUCACAGAAGCCAUGCGCCAAGAUUUCACUCGCGAGAAGGAUCUUUACUCGUUUUUGGAAUACCAAUUCAAGGCCAAUGGAUGUGAUACCAAUGCUUUCGUCCCAGUGGUUGCUGGAGGCCAGAACGCCUUGGCUAUUCAUUACACCAGAAACGACGACGUUCUCAAGGAUGGUGAUCUCGUCCUUGUUGAUGGCGGUGGUGAGUGGGGAACUUAUAUCUCCGACAUCACUAGGACUUGGCCCGUGAACGGCAAGUUCACCGACCCCCAGCGUGAUUUGUACAAUGCCGUGCUCAAAGUGCACCGAAGCUGUCUUUCACUAUGUCGCGAGACUUCCAACCUCUCUCUGGACAAACUCCAUGGUAUUGCAGAACACGGGUUGAAAGAUGAGCUCAAGUCUCUGGGCUUCGAUGUUUCUGGCGAUGCACUGAAUGUUCUGUUCCCCCACCAUCUGGGCCACUAUGUUGGUCUUGACGUACACGACUGCCCUGGAUAUUCCCGAGGAUAUGAUCUGAAGGCAGGUCAAUGUAUUACAAUCGAACCGGGUAUCUAUGUUCCUAACGAUGAGCGUUGGCCGGCCCACUUCCGGGGCAUCGGCAUCCGUAUUGAAGAUAGUGUUUGUGUUGGCGACGAACAUCCGAUCGUCUUGACCCCCGAGGCAGUGAAAGAGGUAUGCUCUCCAGGAUUUUCAGUUCUGGGCAUUGCUAACUUGUACCAGGUUGAGGACAUCGAGGCGUUGCGUAGUUAG